AUGAACCACCCUCGCACAUUCCAUCGAAAUGGGCGCAGCACCCUUUCGACAACCCAGCUGCGAAUAUCAUCCUCCGCGCCUCGGACGACAUCGAUUUUUGCGUCCGGUGUCAUCUUGUCCGAAGCAUCGCCGUUCUUCAAGGAUAUGUUCAGUCUGCAGCAGGCUAUCGUCGAUCACACCAAAUGCGAUAGCACGGGCGAGUACAGAGAUGGCCGUCGCGUAAUCGCUGUGGGAGAGGACAGUCGAACGCUAAAAGGCCUACUGCGGUUAUGUCAUCCUAUCACAGAUCCAGAACUGAAUGACUUGAUUGUGGUGAAGGCCGUUCUGGAGGCAACACUGAAGUGUCAGAUGGACGAGGCGACGGCGAUCACGAGGAAGGCGCUCAGGUCUUUUGCACCUGCGGAGCCUCUGCGGAUAUGA